UAUUCUGUGUUUGAAUGCCCCCUUCGUUCUGGCCAAAAGAAGGCAAAUGUUUGAAUUGCCGCCGCCCACCGUGACGGCGUCAUGGCUCUGGUUCCGAGAAUCCGACCUCUCAUAAGUCAUGACAAGUACUCAGGUGGAGAUGAAUUAGUUUUUUUUUUUUUUAAAAAAAAGCUUUCUGAGAAAACUAUCGUGAUUUGAUGCUUUUCAAAAAUUGUGGGGCGCAAAAGUAUUAAACAAGAAAUUCGGGGACCUUUGUCCAAACGCAAGGUGGAGGGGGUUAGGGCAAGGCCGAUCUCACAGUCUUCGACGACGGAACACAUAAGCCUCUAGUCAGACAAUGACAGGCGAUACCUCGUAUUCUGCGGCCAACAAGAGCUUGUCGCCGAGUCAUAACCUCGACAUCACGAUAGAGGAAGGAUCUCCAAACAGUGAGUAUUUUGUUGAUGCCAAGAAUGAGUGGAGUGAAUUGGAGAUUGAUGCAGAUGAUCUUGAAAGUGGGAGAGAUGAAACGGAGAUUGUUGAUUGUCAUAAUGGGGAAUCUCAAGUAAAAGACUACCCUCCACCAGUGGUAAGGAUGGAAUUCGAUACUUAUGAUGAUGCCUAUAAUUACUACAAUAGCUAUGCCAAAGAACUUGGAUUUGCUAUUAGGGUUAAAUCAUCGUGGACCAAACGUAACAGCAAAGAGAAGCGUGGUGCUGUGCUCUGCUGCAACUGUGAGGGUUUCAAAACAGUGAAGGAAGUAAAUAGCCGAAGGAAAGAAACAAGAACAGGUUGUCUAGCAAUGAUUAGGUUGAGAUUAGUGGAAUCUAACAGGUGGAGAGUUGAUGAAGUCAAGCUUGAGCAUAACCAUUCAUUUGAUCCUGAGAGAGCACAAAACUCUAAAUCACAUAAGAGGAUGGACAGUGGAGCCAAAAGAAAGGUUGAGCCAACUUUAGACGUUGAAGUAAGAACAAUCAAAUUAUAUCGAACGCCUGUUGUUGAUUCAUCAGGUUAUAGAAGCUCAAAUGCUAAUGAAGAAGGAACUAAAGACCAUGCUAAUUUUUCUAGGCACUUGAGACUUAGAAAAGGAGAUGCAGAAGUUAUUGCAAAGUACUUCUGCCACAAACAACUGAUGAAUCCUAAUUUUUUCUAUGUCAUGGACCUGACUGAUGAUGGACGUAUGAGGAACAUCUUUUGGAUUGAUUCAAGAUCAAGGGCUGCAUAUGGUUACUUUGGUGAUGUGGUUGCAUUUGACUCAUCAUGUUUGUCAAACAAUUAUGAGACUCCGCUGGUUGCUUUUGUUGGUGUCAACCACCAUGGGCACUCUAUUUUAUUUGGAUGUGGUCUACUUGCUGAUGAGUCAUUUGAAACUUACAUUUGGUUAUUUAGGGCAUGGCUUUCAUGUAUGUCUGGUCGCCCUCCACAAACUAUCAUUACAAAUCAGUGUAAAACCAUGCAAAGUGCAAUAACUGAGGUUUUCCCUAGAGCCCACCAUGGAAUUUGUCCGUCACAAGUCAUGCAAAGCAUUCUUGGAGACUUGGCUCUGUCGCAUGAAUAUGAUGCAUUUCAGAUGGCAUUGACUAAAGUGAUAUAUGAAUCUAAAACAGUUGAUGAAUUUGAGAGGGCUUGGGAGGAAUGGACUCAACAUUUUGGAAUAAGCAAUCAAGAGAAGCUCCAAUUGCUACACGAAGAACGGGAGCGUUGGGCCCCAGUUUAUUCCAGGGACACAUUUUUUGCCGGAAUUUUUGACUAUGAAAAGGAUGAGGCCUUGAGUCCCUUUUUCUAUGGUCGUGUGCAUCAACAAACUUCCUUGAAAGAAUUUUUUGACAUUUUUGACUUAGUUUUACAAGAGAAGCAUGAAAAAGAAGGUCUUGCUGAUUUAGAGUCGAGAGAUUCAACACCCUUACUGAAAACAAGAUGUUACUAUGAGUUGCAGCUCUCAAAACUGUACACAAAUGCAGUAUUCAGUAAGUUCCAAGACGAAGUGAUGAUGAUGUCUUUUUGUUUCAGCAUCUCAGAGUUUCAAACAAAUGGGUCUUUAGUGACGUACAUAGUUAAAGAACACGUGGAGGAAGAAUCAGUGAGGGAUGUCAGGCAAUAUGAAGUCAUGUAUGAUAAAGCAGGAGCAGAAGUUCGCUGUGGCUGUAACUGCUUUAACUUCAAAGGCUAUCUAUGCCGGCACGCCUUGUGUAUCCUUAAUUACAAUGGUGUGGAGGAAAUUCCAUGUCAGUAUAUUUUGUCGAGAUGGAAGAAGGAUUAUAAGAGAUUGUAUGUACCAAAUCUCAGCUCCAAUAAUGUUGAUAUCACCAACCCUGUUCAGUGUUAUGAUCAUUUGUACAGACGGGCUAUGCAAGUUGUUGAGGAAGGAAUGGUAUCUCAAGAUCAUUAUAUGGUUGCUUGGCAGGCAUUUAAAGAGUCCUUGAACAAGGUCCGCCUUGCAGCAGCAGACAAGAUUGAAUAAGUGGAUCAAAGAGUGCACGUAGUUUGUACCUGUAGAAUUUCUUUUAUUCAUUUUUUUCCCCUGCCAGCCAUUGCACACACGAUUGGUUCUUUGGGUGAUGUUUAUAGCUGUUGGCCAUGGCUGUUCAUCAUAUGUAGUUUGUAUCUCCGUA